AUGUCCACCCUCCUCAAUGGCCACGCCACCGAGAAAACUCGCUUCGACCACCAUGAAUCCGACGUCGUGAUUAUCGGUGCUGGAAUCCUGGGCUGCGCGCUGGCUGUCGCCCUGGGACGACAAGGCCGGAGCGUAGUUCUACUAGAGACAUCCCUGAAAGAACCCGAUCGCAUCGUGGGCGAGCUGCUGCAACCCGGCGGAGUGCAGGCGCUGGAAAAAUUGGGGCUGCGGGAUUGUCUCGACGGGAUCGAUGCGAUCCCCGUCAAGGGCUACUAUGUCUCGUACUUCAAAGAGCCUGUGAUCCUGGACUACCCCAAAUCGGCGCCGUCAGAGCCCGCGCCCCAGGGGUGGACGUUCCACCAUGGCCGCUUCGUGAUGAAGCUGCGCGAAGCCGCGCUGGCUUGUCCCCACGUUUCCGUGGUCGAGGCCAAGGCCACGGCGCUGGUGACCUCGACGCAUACGGGCCAAGUGCUGGGUGUCGAGUGCAUUACGAAGGAGCAGGAGUUGAAGGACUGCUACUUCGCCCAGCUCACCGUGGUCGCCGACGGGUACGCGUCGAAAUUCCGCAAAGUCCAUCACCCGCACGCACCCAAGUUUCGGUCCAAAUUCUGGGGCCUGGAGAUGAUCGAUGCAAAACUCCCGAGUCCCUACUAUGGCCAUGUGCUCCUCAGCGAUCAUGCGCCGGUCCUGAUGUACCAGAUUGGCUCGCACGAAACCCGCAUCCUUGUCGACAUCCCCGAAAAUCUGCCCUCGGCCUCUGUGAAAAACGGUGGCGUCAAGGGCCACCUCCGCAAUACAAUCUUGCCCACACUGCCGGAUUCCGUUCAGCCGGCGUUUCUGGCCGCGCUAGAAAAGGGCCAGUUGCGCUCGAUGCCCAACUCCUUCCUCCCCGCCGCCACGAACAAAACCCCUGGCUUGAUGAUCGUCGGCGAUGCUCUUAACAUGCGCCAUCCCCUGACGGGAGGCGGGAUGACAGUCGCACUCAAUGACGUCUGUAUCAUCCGCGAGCUGCUCAGCCCAGAGCGCGUGCCUAGUUUAUCAGACACAGGCCUCGUUCUCAAGCAAUUAUCCACCUUCCACUGGGCGAGAAAAAACUCAUCCUCCGUCAUCAACAUCCUUGCCCAGGCGCUAUAUAUGCUGUUCGCCGCCGACGACCAAAAUCUCAAAGCCCUCCAACGGGGCUGCUUUCGCUACUUCCAAAUCGGAUUUGUUGACGGCCCUGUCGGACUCCUAGCAGGUCUGAUCAAGCAGCCCAUGGUCCUUUUCACUCACUUCUUCUCCGUCGCCUUCCUCUCCAUCUGGGUUCUGCUCCGCGAAACCCCCGUGACGCACCUCAUCCUCUUUCCAUACCAGUCCAUAAUGGUCUUCUGGACCGCGUGCGUGGUUAUUUUCCCGUUCAUAUGGGCCGAGAUCUGGAGUUGA